AUGGCUUCACUCUCCAGCACCACCGCUCUCGCCCCUCCUCUUCCUCCACCCACAAUAUCUCGUCUCAGAGCCACUUCAAUUCGUGCACAAUCCAUUUCCCUGCCCAAUCCCGAACCGAACACCAAUUCUCCUCCACCUUCUUCAAUUUCCGGAGUAUGUAAGCUACGCCACACAACAAUGGCGGUGACAGAUGAACGGACGAAGAUAAUAGCGAAGGAAGUGGAGAAGAUGAAAUCGAAGGAAGCGAAGGAGAGAAAGGAGAUGAAGAAUAGGAAGGUGGCGUCGCAGAAAGCGGUGUCUGUUAUACUUCGUAGAGAGGCCACAAAGGCUCUUAUUGAUAAGAGAAGGAAGAAAGGUCCUGUUAAUUCUAAGAAGCUUUUACCUAGAACUGUACUUGAAGCGUUGCAUGAAAGGAUUGCGGCGUUUCGUUGGGAAUCUGCUCUCAAGGUUUUUGAACUACUGCGUGAACAGCUUUGGUACAGACCUUACACUGGUGUAUACAUCAAGUUAAUAGUCAUGCUUGGAAAAUGUAAGCAACCUGAUAAAGCUUUUGAACUCUUUCAAGCUAUGGUUGAAGAAGGUUGUGUUUUGGACUGUGAAUCAUACACAGCAUUGUUAGCUGCCUAUGGUAGGAGCGGUCUCUUGGAUAAAGCCUUUUCUCUUCUUGAGGAAAUGAAGAGUACACCUGGUUGUCAGCCAGAUGUCCAGACUUAUUCAAUCCUCAUUAAAUCGUGCUUGCAGAUUCCUGCCUUUGACAAAGUUCAGAGUCUUAUAUCAGACAUGGCCACUCUUGGUAUCAAACCAAACACAGUCACCUACAACACCCUUAUUGAUGCUUAUGGGAAGGCAAAAAGGUUUUCAGAAAUGGAAUCUACACUUUUGGAAAUGCUUGCUGAACAAGAUUGUCAACCAGAUGUAUGGACCAUGAAUUCAACACUCAGGGCCUUUGGCAACCUUGGGCAGAUAGAAACAAUGGAGAGGUGUUAUGAGAAGUUUCAGGCAUCUGGAAUCCAACCAAAUGUUCAAACCUUCAACAUUCUCUUGGAUUCCUACGGUAAAGCCCAUGAUUACACGAAAGUGAGUGCUGUAAUGGAAUACAUGCAGAAAUAUCAUUAUUCAUGGACAAUUGUCACCUACAAUAUUGUGAUUGAUGCUUUUGGGAAGGCUGGGGAUCUCAAACAGAUGGAGUAUUUGUUUAGACUGAUGCGGUCAGAGAGAAUAAAACCUAGUUGUGUCACACUGUGUUCACUUGUGAGGGCUUAUGCACAUGCAGGUAAGCCUGAAAAAGUUGGUGGCGUCUUGCGAUUUGUUGAUAAUUCAGAUGUAACAUUGGACACUGUAUUCUUCAAUUGCUUGGUGGAUGCUUAUAUGAGAUUAGAUUGUUUGGAUGAGAUGAAGGGAGUGCUUGAGAUCAUGGAACAUAAAGGUUGUAAGCCCGAUUUCUUAACUUAUAAAACAAUGAUUAAAGCUUAUUCAUCUAAGGGUAUGCAUAGUCAUGUUAAGGAGCUUAAAGAGCUUCUCUCAACAGUGAAGAGUCAUCCUUUAGAAAGAAACAAACCAGACUUUUGA